AAGCUCUACGACAGGAACAUCUUGCAGCAACGCGCGGAGAAAUAAAUUUACUCUCUUGUGGUCUACCAACCAAACAAACUCUAACUCGAGAUGAAUUUCCUCUCGUUAGAAAGAACUUCCUCAGGCAGCUAGUUGUAAGUACAACUGAAGCUACCGAUCUCUGUAUCGUUCAAUUUCCAUUUCACAUGCAGAAAACAUAACAGAAAAACCAAAGUGAAAGUAAAAAUGCUCUAUCACCACUUUCUCCAGCAGUUCCCGAGUUUUCGGGAGCUUUGGCAUGCCGCUACCAACUAUCAAGUGUAAAAAUGUCCGGGUCAGUCUGGAAGAUCGCGAGAUUUGUCAUGCGUGUCUGGCAUGACCAAGAAGUUUUUGUUGCGUGUCCAAGAAGAGACCCUUUUGCCUGUCGUGCAAAAACGCAGUUUGUCAUGCGAAAAGCGCAACACAAAGAAGCGCAGAUAUUUCUCAUGCUUGCCUGUGCAUUACAGAGCAUUCACUAUUCCCAACGCAGCAUCACAAGUUUCCAGACCUCCCAGACAUUUUUACAUUUGAUACCAACCCGACGCGAAAGAAGACCUUGGAAAAAGACCUGCGAUCCCAGCUCUCCGAGCUUGUGGAGGAGACGACGGUUGCGGGCGGGGUGAAUGAGGAGCAGACUUCUCCGGAAGAAAAUGGAAAUGACGAGAAUUAUGUGGAGAAGAGCGAUGCGAAAAGACGGAAGGUGGACAGUAAGUCCAAGUCCUCGAAAGCAGAUGGUUCUUUGGAGAAUAACAAGCUCCUUUCCGCGAGCAAGAAACAGGAACAGCAAGAUAAAGAUACCGCCAACCACGGGACGACGAGCAAAAAAAACGUCGACGACCUAUCAACUGUAAAAAUGUCUGGGUCUGGAAGAUUCUGACACUUGUCAUGCACGUUUUGCAUGAGCCAUGAUGUCUGUGAUGCAUACCCUAGCAAUACAGAUUUUUUGAGGGCUUCUUGAUGCGUAUUCCGCAUGACAAGUGCCUUCUCAGCGUAGCAAAAAUUGCAUUCCCUUUGGUACUCAUGCAAUACAGAGUUCUUUAGAAUCCAAAUGCAGCAUCACAAGUUGCAUUCUUCCAGACCCAGACCUUUUUACAUUUGAUACGACCUCACGACAAAAAACAAUCGGCGCGAUUCAUUCCUGGAACGGGUGUUAAAACAGUCCAUGUCCUACCGCUCGAAGUCCUCUUCUAGGUCGAACAGAACAGGAUCGAAAAAAAACUUCCAAAACCGCCCCUUGCACGUGCAACUGUCCGCGAAUGCGCUCCAGACGUACGGAAUUUUGUUCCACGGGCUGGCGAAGAUGCUGAAUCUGAAGCUGCAAAAGGCGAUCACCGCGGCGGAAAAAGCGGUGCAGAAAUUCAUGAAAAGGGGCAUCACCGUGCAGAAAAGGAAGAAGAAGCAGGCGGUGGUGCUGGACAAUAGCAUCGCCGCGUGGGACGCCGGAAGCCCGAUUUUGGAUGCUGGUAUUGUUUUUGUACUAGGUAGAUGUAGUAGUUUGACUUGCACAUGUCGCGGCGCAUCAUGUCAAACUUUCUCAUGCACAAGAGGGAGCGCAUUCCUUUUCCUAAUCCUAUUCGUUAAUAUCGUUUCUGCAUGACAAAGACAAUGAGAAAUAAAUCGUGAUUCCUUCGUUCCGCACAGAUAUCCAACUCGACAUUCCCGACCAGCAGCUCGUGUCUCCCGGCGACAUAUCCUGUGAGUGCAAAAGUUUGGUAUGAUUCCUAGAUGCACCAGUCUAUCAUAGCAUGACCAUGAGUGACAGAUCUGUCCUGUUGAUGCGCGUGUCAGCAUGAGAAAUUUGUGUUUUUCAUGCUGAGAAAAUUGAAAUUUGUAACUCAGUCCUCAAUGCUAGAGCUAGGGCGUACAACUUUUGCAAAAAUCCAUACGACAACCUGGAGUUUUUCGAGCAGGAGCUGUUCUUUCGGUCCCAGUCUAUGCGGCUCUCCGAGUACGGUGACAGCCAACUGGUUUCUGACGUGGGUCUCCACAAGCUGAACAAGACGGACGACCUAUCCUGAGCAAAAAUGUCCCCACCCCAUAGUCAAGAUGGGAAAUCUGCAACACAAAUUUCCAAGGUUUGGGAGUUGUGCAUGACAAGUUUUCAUCUGCAGCGUAGUGCUGGCUAGGAAGGGCAGCGGCAUCAGAAAGCCACUUUCUCAUCCUGUUUACAGCAUGACAAAUGCCAAAAUUCGACUGGAAAUGCCUCUCAUAGAGAUGCGCACUACAAAUGUUCCUGUAGUCGCAAAGCUGCAUGACAACUCUGGGUUGGGGACGUUUUUACACAGGAUACGACCAGAUCUCGCACCUGCUGAAGACUGUCAGAACCGGGAAGAAAACCGACAAGCUCGGGCUGACGAACGGGAGCAUAUGCAAUGCAAAAGCAUCGUACUCGUAUAAAUGCAUGACAAAUUUCCUCAGCAUGAGAAAUAAAAUUUGUCAUGCGGAUUUAGGUUAGGGAAAAAAUUUGUAAUGCAUUACUGCAAUUACUACGAGCACGAUACUUUUGCACAGGAUAGAACAAGAUGAUGUACGACUCGCCGGUCCUGGAAGAUUUGGUCCGGUCCGGUGCAGGAGCUUCGGUGCCGAACAAGAAGAACACGAGCGGCGCAGGUAUUAGUUCCGGGAUCAAUCAGAGCGGGCUGCUGCUGCAGAACAACAACGACCAAAGUGGAUUUAUUUCGCACAAUGGUGACUUAGUCGAGCAGCACUCUGGUCUUCAAGACGGCAACAUCAGUCAGAACCUGGACAACAUGCUGCAUUUCAGCCCGCAUCUUUUCCCACCGACUUCUACCGGGAACAAGAGAAUGAACAACAGCCACCUGGGAUUACUCUCGAGACGAGGUCCCGGCGAGAAGGAUAUUGACGACCCUUCCUCUGGCGGUGCGGAUUUCGAAUCCCCGGAAUUGGACGGUGAGGGAAAUCCAAUCGGCGGGAACAAGUGGACGGAAAAGAAGAAGAAGAAGAAAAACAAAGAGGAUAGUAAUUUAGACGUCUCCUUAGACCUAAUCCCGGAUGACGACAUCGGUAAUAUUGUAUGAAUUGUAAAAAUGCCUGGGUCUGGAAACUUCUGAUGCUGGGUGGCGUAUCAGGAAGAGGCCACAAGUGCUGGCUCAGCAUGACAAGCUUCUGAGCUUCUAGGUGUUGCCUAAUAUUAUUCUGCAUGACAAACUGCGUUUCUGCAAGACAGCAAAACGGGGCUCUUGGGUAACGUGCAUGACAGAUUUAAGAGCCAUGCCAGACAAGCAUGACAAACAUACACUCUUCCAGACCCAGACACAUUUGCAGUUGAUAUAUUGACGCGCAGGACAAUAAUUUUUUCGGAAUAAACGUCGAUCCGCAGCAGGUAAAGCUCAACUCCAAAUCGGGAUUACUAAACGCGACGGACUUGGCCCCGACGACCGGGCGGGACCUGAAUACGACUUCUGGGCUGUUUGACAACACGACACUGAAUAACAGCUCCAGUUCCAAUAUUCAAGAAAAAAACACCAUCCCAAUCACUUUUGCACAUUUUUGCAAUACAAAAAUUUUUGUCAUGCGCAAAAAUGCAUCACAGCCAAGAGGAAGAGUUAUAGGCAAUUUCCCUUUGUUGUGUUUUUGCAAUACAAGAAAAAUUUGUCAUGCGAGACAAAUUUCUGAUGCAAAACCUCCUAAGUGUGACCGUGAUGGUGUUUUUUUCCUGGAUAUCCAAUGCGAAUGAUCGGUCUUCCCAUUUGCAGCUAAACAACAAUAAAUCCGGUAAUAUGAAUAAUUCGUCUGUGUUGAACAACAAUCAGUCAUCGAUCCUACCGCCAGGCCAUUUGUCGAACAGCAGUCUACUGUUGCACGACCAUAAGGUGCUGCACCAUCAAAGCGGUCUGAUGAACAACAUGAGCGGGAACAACAAUUUCAACACGGGGGCAGCAGGCGACCAGCAAGAUCAUUUGGGAGUUGAAGGCAACAAUUUGAACCGGAGCCUCAUGGGAAAAGACACGGAUUUGUCCAUGCAAGAUGAUCUGGAAUUCUCCAUGCUGUUGCACGACGACGCCAAUUUUAUCGACCCGAUUGAUGAUGAGGCCUACAACGGCAUGAACAAUUUUGGAAGCAGUGGACUGGUGAACAGCAGUGCCAGUGGCAUGAUGCUGAAUGGUACAAAUGUGUCUGCUUCGGCAGGAGCUCUUUCUGGUGUAGUGGAUAAAAACAACAUAUCAACAGCGAUGAAGAGCAACUUACAGCUCCACGAAACGGAUGACUUGAUGGGGAUCGAUAACGAAGACACGAAUGAGAAAAAGAACAAGAACUUGUCCAAAAGCUCCUCCUCUUCGUCUUUAACCUUUGGUGGUUUGGAGAAUGACCUCGUCCACGGAAAGCAGAAAAAGCAACGAAAGCAAAAAGUACCCAAACAGAAACCGAACUAUUUGAAACCGAAAUUCGUGAAAGUUUCCGACAUGCUGAAGAACAACUUCAAGGGCCUGGCCUCGAAGUUCGAGUUCAGUCUAGCUGGCUUGCUCGGGAUUGACAGUGGCAGUAAGAACUACGGGGCGGAAAAUAAGGACAGCACGAAAGCAGCAGGGAAGAAGAAUACGAAGCGUGGAAACAACAACAACAGCAAAGAAUUAUCCGCAGGGAACAAUCUGAAGAUUCCGAAGAAUUUGCUCCUCCCUGCGAUGAACCCAUUAGUCGACAUUUUCGAUACAAACGACGUGCAGGUGGAACUCAAACUGAAAAAUAAACAGUCCAAACUCUGCGCGAAGCGAAACAAGAACAACAAACGGGCUGCCACGACGAGCAAUGCGGACGACAGCAACUACCUCUUUGGUGACCCCGAUGUUGCUUCUGGUUUUCCGAGUGCGAAACGGCAGAAAAAUUUGGCGAAUUCAUCGGUGAAGAAAAAUGAUAAUGAGGUUUCAAAUAGACUCCUGAACAACAGCUCCCUGAACAAUAAAAGCGGCGCCUCAUCUUCCGGUUUCUUUAACCAAGAAAACUUUAUUGCUCCCUCCAACAACGUGAGUGUGGUUCGAUCCGGCUUACUCAAUGGAAACACGAGUGGUAGUUCAUCCGGGUUGUUUAACAGUUCGGCGUUUCACUUUCAAGAUGGUACGAACAACACGAGUGGAGGUUUGUUUCAAGACAAUAUGGACUUGUCUGCGAUUUUGCCGGAGGGGGAUGAAGAGCUGUCGCAGAUGAACGGGAUCAUGAACGAUCACAGCGGCCUUGAGUUGUUUGGAAUGAACGGGAUGGACAAUCAGAGUGGGAUGGAGAAUCAGCAUGACAAAAUUUUCGGGGAUAAAAAUCAGUUCGACUUUGACCAGAAUGACUUCGGUUACCACGAGGAUCCCAAUGUGGAUGAAGAACUUGAAACCGGUGGCGAUCUUAACAACACAACUGGCGUUGACAAAAGCGGAAUCUUAGGAAAAAGUAACAACAACUCCACGAUGCACAGUCUGAACCAGUCCUCGAAUCUGCAAUUGAGUAGAAACGACACCUCCGCUCUCAGUGACAAGAACAACGAGGCCGCUAUGAAGUUCGGAAACAAUAGCUCCGCCCUCAGCAAUUUGCACUUGGCGAUUUCGCCCGAGGACCGGAAGCUUCUCACUACCGGUCGGGGAAAGAACAGAAACGGACACGAUCCCGAGGAUCCCUCCUCGUCUUCCUCCGAUCGCAUGCAAAUGCUCCGGGGUGGCGAUUCUGGUUCGCGGGAGGACCAAAUGCAUAUGUCGGGUCUACUAGGUAAUGUGCAGCUGCGCGGUGGGACGAGUAAGAACAACAAUUCGAUACCAAAUCUGAGCCGAAGCAACAUCAUGCUGAACAAAACCAACAACUCGGAUCUCUUACAGCCGAAUGUAGGAGAGGUUGGGAACUUUGAUUUCAGUGACGCCAAUCUCGGGACAAAUUUAUUUGACCACAACGAUCAGUCGCUAAACCUGGACCUGAACAACAGCGGGCAGGAGCACGAUAUCGAGAUGAACUUUGGCAACAUUGACGACCCCGUGUUUCAAAAUAACAACUCCAGCAGCCAGGAGAGUUCCGACUUAUCAAAUGCAAAAAUGUCUGGGUCUGGGAGAUUGCGAGGUUUGUCAUGCUAGUCGGGCAUGACUCUAAACUCUGUGUUGCACGGCCGCGAAGAGCCCCUCCUCCUUGUCAUGCAAAAGCGCAGUUUCUCAUGCGGAAUAGCAACUCAGAACCACGAAAAAAACUUGUCAUGCUUGGCAACCGCGCAUUAUAGUGAGUUCACUCUUCCCUUUCUUGCAUCACAAGUUUCCAGACCCAGACAUAUUUGCAAUGCAUACGACUCGAGAUUGAACAAAAAGAGGUCAUCGAAGUUUUCCAUCGCGUUUUCCGACUCGCUAUGCACUGCAAAAAUAUCGUACUCGUAGUAAUUGCAUUUAUGCAUUACAAACCUGCUUCUCAAGGUAAAUCAGCAUUACAAAUUCGAUUUAUAAUGCUGGGGGAGUUUGUAAUGUAUUUUUAUACGAGUACGAUACUUUUGCAGUUCAUACUCGCGAUCGAAGCUGUCCUGGGAAAAUAUUAAAAGGAAAAACCCCCCCUCCCCAUAUCGAAAACGAAAUUUGUGAUGCUGUAUUUGAGUACACAAAGCGACUUGUAUUGCUAGAUGGGCAAGAGCCGCAUUUGUGGCCUCCUUUGCAGGCAAUUUGUCAUGCUGUUUCCCGCUUCCAGCUGCCCCCUGUCGUGUUGAAGAUGCAAGGCUUUCCCACGCCGCCCAGCACUACAGUCCGCAUCUUUUCCCUUGUAGCAUGACAAAGCUGAGUUGUGACCACAAAUCUGCAUCACAAGAAAUUCCCUUUUCGAUAUGGGGGGGGGAUUUUUCCUUUUGAUAGAAAAGCGGAUUGUGUCCACCUGGAAAACCAUCCAGAAAUCGGCGAAGAAAACGGGGAGGAUAUGCAUUGCAAAUGUGUCUGGGUCUGGAGAAGUGCCAAGUUUGUCAUGCAUAUCUUCCAUGACCACCCAUAAUGUCUGUGAUGCGUGCCCUAGCAUCACAGAUUCUGCGAGAGCUUUCUGCUGCUUAUAUCGCAUGAGAAAUGCAGCUCUCUUCGCAUGGCAAAAAGUAGACUCCUCUUGCUGCUCAGGCAAUGCAGGGCUUUUUGGAAUCCAAAAGCAGCAUCACAAUUUACAACUCUUCCAGACGUCCAGGGUAUUUGCACUGGAUAAAGGAAAAGCGAAAACGACUCGGAUUUCGUGGAUUUUGAAAACGAGUUUGAGUUCCCCGAGGUCGGUGGAAGUGGUCUGCAGGAGGAGAGUAAAAAUGGGGAAGAACAGGAGAAGAAAUUCGAGUACACGACGUUUGACCAGAUGCCGGGGAUCGAUUCCGCGGCGGAUGCGGCGUUGGCGUUUCUGGAUCUGUUGACGUUGGUAUGACAGUGCACAACUCCCCUCCCCCUUAUUUGUAGAGCAUGAACGGCAAGACAAGCAUGAGCAAGAGUGCCGGUUUUGCAUGACGAAUUGGCACUGGAGUGUAGUGCUAUUUGGGCUGCCAGAGCUUGUCAUGCAAACAGUGCCAAGAGGUGGCAACGGGUGGAUCGGGUAUUUUGCAUGACAAAUGAGGGGAGGGGAAGUUGUGCACUCUCAUAGUUGGCGAGCUGUGGGGAGGUGAACGUCUCGCAGAUGGAGUCCUACGGGGUGAUUGGAAUUCAGAUUGUGAAACAGUAG